AAAUUGAUCAGGAUACUUGGAAUAUCUCCCGGUUUGGUACGAGUGCUGAUACCCAAUACACUACCAAUAAACUAGAAGAUACCGAUGAAGAAUCAAACUCAAUUGACAACACCAAACAACAGACAAAAACAUUGUGUAUCACACGUAGAAGUAGAAAAUUUGCUUGCCCAUGUGGCUUCAAUGUAAUCUGCGGUCAUGAUUGUCAGGAUAUCGUAGCUGUUCGAUUAUUUAUUGAUAAGUCUGGGUUACAAAA